AUGAGGAGGACCCGCGAGGAGGUGGACGCGACGCUGCAGCCCGGGGCCAGCGCCGCCGCCGCCGGCGACUUCUGCCUGCUGGAGCUGGAGCCCGCGCUGUGCCAGCAGGUGGAGGCGGGACGCAGUCUUGUGAUUCGUGGUGAUAAAGACGAGCCGGCUGUGCUGUGUAGUAAAGACAAAACAUAUGACUUGAAGAUAGCGGACACUUCCAAUAUGUUGCUUUUAAUUCCUGGUUGUAAAACUCCAGACCAGCUGAAGAUGGAAGAAACACACUGUAACAUUAUUCACACCGAGAUCUUUGGCUUUUCUAAUAAUUAUUGGGAGUUAAGAAGAUGUAGACCAAAAUUAAAGAAGCUAAAGAGACUUUUGAUGGAGAAUACCUACGAAGGACCUGACAGUCAAAAAGAAGAGAAUUCAAAUUGCUCAAAAUAUACAACUGAAGAUUUGCUCGAUCAAAUUCAGGCAAGUGAGGAAGAACUAAUGGCUCAGUUACAAGUGCUAAAUGCCUGUGAGAUUGGAGGUUAUUGGAGGAUUCUUGAAUUUGAUUAUGAGAUGAAACUUCUGAAUCACGUAACUCAGCUUGUGGAUUCUGAAUCUUGGUCUUUUAGUAAAGUUCCUUUGAAUAUAUGCCUUCAGGAACUUGGCCCUUUAGAGCCAGAGAAAAUGAUCGAACACUGUCUCAAAUGUUACGGGAGAAAAUAUGUAGAGGAAGGUGAAGUGUAUUUUGAAUUGAGCGCUGACAAAAUAUGCAGAGCCACAGCACAAAUGCUACUUCAAAAUGCAGUGAAGUUCAAUCUCGCUGAGUUUCAAGAAGUGUGGCAACAGAGUGUUCCUGAAGGAAUGACAACUAGGCUUGACCAGCUUAAGGGGUUAGCCUUGGUGGAUAGACAGUCGAGACCAGAAACCAUAUUUUUGUUAAAAGUAGAUGAUUUACCUGAGGAUAAUCAGGAACGUUUUAAUAGUCUAUUCUCUCUAAGGGAGAAGUGGACAGAAGAAGCUAUUGCUCCAUAUAUUCAAGAUUUGUGUGGAGAGAAGCAAACCAUAGGUGCAUUACUCACUAAACAUUCUCGAUCUUCCAUGCAAAAUGGUGUUAAAGUUUACAACUCAAGAAGGCCUAUUCCUUAAAAGAACAUUCUUUUGGGGGGGACUAAGUUUCUGGUUAUAACAAAAAGGUUCUUUUAUGUAUUUGUAUUCCAGACUUUUAAAAACCUAGUGGUUUGAGGCAUUAUUUUCUCCUCAUCUUAAGCAUUUUGAAACGACCGCUCUUUUUUUCCUAAAUGUAUGUUUCUGUAUCUUUCAAAUUUUGUUUCUAUUAUGUACCAGUGUACACAGUGUAAACAAGAACAAAAGAAAGUGCUAUUUUUUAUGUUUAGUAUAGUUCUAUAGUCUAUAUGGUUUUAUUUAUACUUUUUGGAUUAAACAUUUCAAUUAACUAGGAUUUGACAUUCUAAUCAUUAAUAAAUUUAAAAGCUUUCAGACAA